AUGACCACGACAAAAGGAAAACCUGUCUUUGUUGAAAAUGGCUAUGUCUACAUCGUUGAUAGAUCAUCAGGUGAUAAAACAAUUUGGUGCUGUGAGCGAAAAAGACAUGGAUAUUGCAAAAGUCGAUUGCAAACACUCAACGAUCGUGUCGCUCAAACAAUUGGCAUUCACAAUCAUGAACCGAGAGCCGAAGCAGCAGAAUUGAUGGAUGCACGAACACAGAUGAGCCAAGAAGCGAAAACGUCGAACAAAGUGACGCACGACAUUGUUGCUGUCGGUGUUAGUCACAUAACGAACAACGUGAUCGAAGGAUGGAACAAUCGCUUUGCAUCACUAGUGGAUUGUGCACAUUCGAACAUUUGGAAGUUUCUGCGACUGCUGAAAAAAGAACAGUCGAUGGUCGAAGCCGAAUUAAUCCAAGCCGAAACCGGAGUUCGACGACCGAAACGUUUGGUGACAGAGCGUCAAAAAAAAAGAAUCAUGAACAUUUUGGAUGAACAGUCGACAACAAAUUUGGAUAAAGUACUUGCACUAGCCAAUAAUAUUUCACUCCAGUCAGCCUAA